UUGUUUAAAUAUAGGCUAAAUUACAGUCAUUUCAAAUUGCAGUGUAACUUUACUUAAACCCCCUAAAUUACCCCAAUAUAACCCAAAUAACAUACUAGGCCUACAGCUUCCAGUUGAAAUAUUUUAGAAUGUUGCAGUUCUGAAGAAUUCUCUUUUUUUCUCUCUCUCUAAAGGGUCAUGAACAUUCCACUCCUGUGUCUUUCCACCACAUUAGGCCCUACUGUUUAAUUUUAAUGUGUUUAAUUACACGUCAUAGCAUGUUAUGUAUCCUAAAUACCCAAAAUAACCAAUAUUUUCACACUAAUCCCCCUCCCCCCUAAAUUUCACAAAAUCACAGCUUGAUUGCACAUAUCACAAAUUUAUUUUUCUCACACAUCACAUCUCAUAUUUCGCUCUUCGCGGACGGCGUUGUUUCCUUAUUUGUAAACUUGAUAAAAAGUUUAUCAAAAGGGGCAGUAUAGAGAUCGGACAAUCAUGAGGAACAGUUGUGUGUGUGUGUGUGUGUAAUUUUCACGCAAACAAUUAUGUUUAUUUCACUAAAUCAUAUGAUGGAUUAAAAAAAAAAAUGUAAAAAGAAAAAGAAUGUAUAUAUUUAUAUGUUUGUUUUAAAUAAUAAUAAUAAAUAAAUAAACAGAAAGAACUGGAUUAGCAAGUUUCGCGCCAAAACAUCUACGUGACAGAAACGAUACACACAAACUUGUCAACAAAGCUGUGUAUGCUCUGCAGCGCUUGCGGUCGCCAUGACAACUACAGUUUUGCUCGUUGGCGUCCGACCGCCUUUAGAGUCAACAUACAGCUGCUGUUUACUACAGUAUUUUGAGAGGAAAAAUUCGCACCUGCCAAAUAUAUUCAGAAAUGCAGAAGAAUUUGCAUCUAGACGACAUUAUUUCCAAGAUACCAUCCCUCGACUCUGACUUAUCAUCAGUAAGUUCAAACUGCUGUUCUCUGAUGAUACUCUUUCACAGAUGUCCUUUUUUUUUAUCGUUAUAUUAACUGUGUUUAUAGUUGUAAUGGUUAUUUUUGAGCAAGUCAGUGAGGUCCAGUCAGACAAUGAAAGAGAGGUAUCUGUCCUUCAGCGACCACCAGUGAUUCACUUGGGAGGAAGCAGCAUGAUCCUGGAGUGUCCAAAAUUUGAGCUUCCUGUGGGUCAGAAAACAGAAGAAUCACUGAAUGAAAAAGUGCUGCAUAAAACAGAAUGCAAUGUACCUUUGCAACAAAAAGCAAACAAGACUGAUUGGAUAGAGACCCAGUUCUGUCCUGCUUUAUCACUGACGCCUCUUGAUGCCUGGGAUCUUGACCAAGUCCUUCAGACUCUACGGCAACAAAAUCCUCUUGUCAAGCCAAUUCAAUGUGAUACAUGCGAAGGCAAUGACAGUGAAAUGCAUGAAAAUGAUUUAAUGAAGCAGCUGGUUGUUUUUUGUGACAAGAAAGUAAAUGAGAUGGAAAUAAAGACAAAUGUUUCAUCUACCAAAACCCAUAAUAUACAAGAAUCAUCCCUCAGAUGUACUGGGAGACAGAUGAAUGAGACAGACUUUAAAGGGACCUCUUCACAAUUACAACACAAUCAAGACUCUCCUACCAUAUAUAUUGAUUUGCGCAACAAUGCAUUUCAAGCAAAACAAUCGGUCAUUAGCCAGAGUAACAGUGUCAUAAGUACUGUAAACUCGGACAAAAAAAAGAGCUCCACUAACAAGACAUCUAACAAAAAUGCAAGAGCAAAUGGACAGAAAAGAGAAUUUUCUCAGAAGAGUUUAUUACUGCAAAAUAUAAGACGGUCAAAAAAAAGUAUGUUAGAGAUGAGCUGGAGAAAUCCACAAGAUUUUGCUGAGGAUAAGCAGAAAAACUCUUCAGGGAAAAGUAUAAAGGAAAACCAGCUUCAUGAUUCUGAAACUAGUUGCGGUGAACCUGGUCUUCAGCAGGUCAAUGUCUGCUGCUCUACUGUGAAAUAUGACCAACAUAAACAGAGUACGCCAUCUUCUAACAUUCCAGCUGCUCAAAACAAGCAAAGAGAGCAACACAGUCAUAAAAUCAGAUGGCAGAAGGAUCUGAAGUUCAUGCAAGCAUUCAGACCUAAAUAUUCUGCUAAUAACUCGGAGGAAGCUGCUGAGAGGACUGAUAUUCUUUAUGAGCCUGAAGUAUCGUACCUUCCUUCGGUGAACACUCUACCUCCGGAUCUACAGAUGAAGGAGUGUUUGCUGCUGACUGUGCCUUUAUCUAGUCCUGGGGUGGUGGCUGGAAGAACGCAGAGAAAAACACAGACAGUGGAUUCAGUCUUGAUCAAAUCACAUAUUUACAAUGCAAUCAUAGCAUGGUUCAUGUCUUUGACUGAUCCCAAAACCUGUGGGAGAAAAGGCAACAAGCUAGAUGCCCCUUUCUGGGUGGCUGGACUGCAGCAGUUUUAUAAGGAAGAUGGCUUGGCCUUGUACAUCUGUGCUACGCCUCUUGAGGAUGGUCAGAUUGGCUGUAGAAAUUCCAGGAUGAGGAAGGUGGAUAGCGACGAGAGCAUGUUUUACAGACGAGUUUGCAAGUUCUUUGCACAGAUGCCAUUGAAGACCGUUGCGUUCUGGGUACCUCAGCUUACUCAUUUGCUGGAGGAACAGGCUUAUCCUACCCAUGUCCACUUGUCCUCAUCCUGCCUGGACUGCUUCAUCACUGUCAACCCAAAUCGAGAGUCUGUUGAAAAGGUCUUUAGUAUGAUCCCAGGAUUUUACUGGCAAACUCUGGAAACAGAAGACCAAAAAUGUCAAAGCGCAGAAGCCACAAUUUCUCAAGAGUGUCAUACUGAGACAGCACUUGUUCUGAUAGGCAGUGCACUGUUUCUUAACCCAUUGGCAAUGCAUCACACACUUGAGCUUAUGUGGAGAUCAAGUCUAGAUGUAUGUGGUAUCCGCUUCCUCUAUCCACCUCAAGAGCUGCUGACAAACUUUGCAGUCAGCAAGUCAGUUAUGCAUGAAGGGGAACAUUCUCAUCAGCCAGUGCUUAUCAUGGCUUUCCGUGGUCCUCACGCUAACUCGGUGUGGCAGGAGAUCACAGGGCCAUCAGACCCCCAGCUGGCAAGGCGGACAGAUCCAGCAUCCAUCAACGCCUUGUACCGUCACGGUCAAGACCAACCCCUGCUCUACUCACCCCGUCUUGCCAGUCUUGUGCAUCUGGGGCUCUGCUUGUGGUUUGGUGGAAGAAUAGCAAAAAACAGCCUGUCAACGAUCCAGGACUCUGGUGACAGAGGAGUCAGUUGUUCCCAUCUUCUGACCUCUUCUCCAGCGAGUUUAUGUGCCACAGAGAAAGCGGAUAUAUUUCUCCUUGUGUCUCCUGUGGUUGGACCACACUGUUACAGCUAUAUACUAUCUGCAUGUGCAAAAACAGGCUUCGGUCUAUUGGGACUUCAAAGAGUGCAGAUCUCCAGGAAACAAGCGCAAUCUCUGGGACUGACUGCAAAGCAGGUAGCAGCAUUCUGUCAUGCUUCUACAGUGUUUCUGUCUGGAGAACAGGUUGAGCUGUCCUCUCAUUGCCUGGUGCUCCUCAUGAGGAGAGAAAGUGCAGUUAAACACUGCUCCAGACUGCCGAUAGGUCUGAUGAAUGAGCUUGCUGCACAAGGCCUUAUUGGAUCGGUCCGUUCAAGAUUCACAGAUGUUCUGGGCCCACAUGCUUGCUUUCACACUGUUCCCUACUCUAAAAACCACCACAGUGUUCUGGGUGGGCUCAUGUGGACAGUGCCGAAGUGUAACCACGUGGUCUUGUCCAAACACACAUAUCCCUCUUGUCCAGAUGCAGAACAGGUGGUGGUUCUCACAUUGACUGGUCAAAACAUGGUCGAGAAAGAAAUGGACUUUCUUCAUAAGGUUCUCAAGGGAGAUGCAGGAGGACAAGAGGGAUUUGAGCUGCUGGCACUAAAGUGGGAGCCCAAGCUGUCUCAGCAGCAGGCACAAGAGUUGAGUCCGUUUGAGAUCGGAGAAAAAGAGUGGCAGAACAGUCUGCAGAGCUUGACAUCCACUCCUGCCCUGGUCAUGGCUCUGAGGAGGGUGAGGGCAUUCAUCACCCUACGAAGACUUUUACCACAAAAUUACCCAGGAAACCUGCAUGUAUUGAUGUCCCCCACACCUGAGACAGCUUUCAGACAGACCUGUCUCUUCUUCUCUGAGGCAGAAUUGGUCCCUGAUCACACUAGUCGUCCAUUAUUGAAAUUCUUACCGCCUCAUCACAUUGACACUCCUGGUAUGUACAGAUCCAAGCCAAAGUAUAUUUCCCCCCCCUAUGCGCUCUGGGAACUGACUGUCAAUCUCCGACAACCCUCAGGUCUCAGAAGUCAGUCGCUUUACAGUUACAUGACAGUGGGCCCAGAGCCACUUUUGACUCUAGCUCUGUUCAAGCCUGGAGCCUGGAGACACCGCUUUGGUAAAAUUCUCACCGUAAUCAAACAGAACGGAUAUACUCUAGCGGGCUUACGUGUGCUUCUGCUGGACUCGAGCGUGGCAAAUGCACUGAUACAUCCACCAGAACAACAGGAUCCCACUGAGGAGCUGGAGUUGAAGUACUUGAGCUCGGGCCCCUCACUGGCUUUGGGUUUACUGAGAGUGAAUGCAGUAAAGAGGCUGUUGGAGCUGAUGGGCCCUGAGGAUCCGGUUGAAGCCCGUACUAUAGAUCGGACUCUAUGGAGGGCCCAGUAUGGCUCUGACAGGCUGCAUAAUGGCAUCUAUGGAUCUCCAUCUUAUCGAAAGGCUGUAGAAGACAUAAAACUGGUAUUUCCAGAGGGUGUGUGCUGCAGUGAAACUUCAGUUAUGAGACAUGAGAAGGUAUCCUGCUUGCAUUCCGAUCCUGAAGCUAGUUUGGACCGUGAACAGCUGCACACACUUAGAACCGCUGACAAAGACAAGUUUUCUCUAGGACUCGGGCAAGUAGGGCCUUUGGUCAGCAGUGCUCUUUGUCAGACCACCUGCCUGCUGAUACCUUCCAAGCUCCUGCGGCAGAAUCAGCCUCCUCUGUACUCAGAGCUACUGCAGCAGCUGCUUAGGACAGGCUGCCACCUGGUGGCUGGAAGGCUCUGCACACCAGAUGAGAAACAAAGGCGGCACAUAGCCGAGCUACUGAGGCCCUCUGCUGGUGAAACACUUCUAUGUGAGGGCCCCUGCCUUAUCAUUGCUUUGCAAGCAGACAAUGCCGUCACAUGUUUCAAUAUCAUUCUUGAGAGCAUUUACAGGAAGAGACCGGACCUGAGGAGAGUUACAACGAAACUUCUUUACCCAAACUCUGAAAGUAAGGCAGUGAAAUUGCUGUGUUACCUUUUUGAUGAUCUCUGUCUUGACAGUCAUCACCGUGUAGCACCACCAUAAGCAGGAGUUAUUCCAUUAUAGGUACCUAGUGCUAAAUAUUUAGCUUUUUAUAUUUUCACAUGAAUGUGAUUACAGACAUUACUGGCAUGUUUUUACAUUGAAAUGAAGACUGUCUUAAUAUUACUAGUGCCCAUAGACACUUAACUCUUGAACAGUCAUAUUGUAUUCCUUAAAUUGAUUCUAACUUACCCAAAAAGACGAACUGUUCUUCGUCUACUCCGUAACUGAUGGUUCAUAAGUAGGGAUGGGAGGGAAAGAAGACGACAAAACACUCGAGGCAGGUUAAAGAUCAAAAAUUAUUUAAUUCCCAAGAUGACAAAAAUAAUUCCAUGAAUUCUGUAAACCAUUGCAUAACUGCUGUAGUGUAGACAAGUGUUAACAAUUUUAAAUGAUACACUACAAGAGAAAGAUUAUGCAUUAUAAAUAAUACCAUCUUAAGUAAUUCUAGUGAUGAAAAACCUCUCUGGCCAUCAAAACAUACAACUAUUCCAUAAAGAAGCCUCCAUAACUUAAACACAGAACUCCCAGUAAAAUGGUUUAAGGUCUUGUGUUGACAACACAUACACAAAGUAUUAUAUUGACAGCAAAUUGUAUAGUAUUUCAACACUAAUUAGAAUAUAAGCUGUUCUAUAUAUUGAUGCAUACUGUACCAAAAUAAGGGAUAUGUUUCUUCCUUGCAAUAUAAAUGAUUUCCUCAUUUUGACUUUUGAGCUAAUAAAUCUGUGAGUUGCAGUUUCCUUUGAAAAUUGGACAUCUCUCUCUUUUCUACAGUUCUCCUGUAAAACCCUGAGAAAAAUACAUCUCAUAUUUCCAUCAAAUUGUUACAUGGAUAAAUACACAAACUUGAAAACUGCAACUGUGUUUAACUUAUAAAUUUAUUCGUAAUGUAAUCACAAUUCUCAAAACUAGUGCUACAUCAUUAUAGAUUAAUUGUUCUCUACGUUAUUCCAGUGACCCAUUUUAUAUCUAAUUUGAAUGGUACAUUCAAUAUUCAGGGAUUUAAUGUUCGAUUAACCGUAACAUUAAUUAUAGGGAACAGUGGUUCCAAAAAUGUUUUCUUUUUUUUUUUUUUUGUCCGUUUUUGUUUUGUUUUAUUAUUAUUAUUUUAUCCUCUUACAAAAGUGUACUAUUGUAAUGGGUAUUUCCCCCCUGGCUAGUUUGCUAAAUUUAACCAGUUUUAUAUGUAAUAUUUAUAUACAAGAUUGCAUAAAUCCUUAGGUUCAAUAAAUCACACUACUGAUAGAGAACAAAAUUAGAAAAACAAACAAACGAAUAAAAGAAAAAUCCACAAGAAUGCAAAAAGAAAGAAAUGAUUAUUUCCACUGAAGAGCAUUAUGGUAAAAUUUCCAAUACAUUAAUUUACACGUUGCUAAACAUAAGAGUCCUUGGUGCUUCUUUAAUUACAGAUGCCUGGUCUUACAUCAACAUGAAAUGGUCCUUUUUGUUAAAGAUUACAGUUGGUAUUCAAAUGGCUGAUGCAGACAGGGGGGCUUUUUGUGUAUAAGAUCAUGCUGUGGUUUAGAUUUAUGUGACUAAAUGAUUACUAUCUGCCAUUUUGUACAGAAAAUCACUGUUAAGCAAACAUUAACACAGAAAUUCAGUUGGAAGCCCAAACUCGAAAUGACUAGGUUUUAUAAAAACUCCACUUUAAUUCUGUCAUACUUCAUGAACGGUUCAGAUGAGCUGCUACUUUUAACACACCCUUGGGUAAAGAAUACAAUUUCAAAACACCUUAACUGUUACUCUGACAGUAGACACUGUGUACAUGCAUCAUCAUGCUGACUUCUCAACACCAAUAAAUGGUUCUUUAUCAGAAUAAUCAUCACUUAUUACUCAAACUGAAACGGUCAAAGGCAUGGCAGAGUAGUUUGUUUUAAUUAUUUUAAUACACUGGUCUGUAAAAUGUGUGUGACGGGCCUCUCGUGCAUUGAGAAAUACAGAUAUCUCUUAAAAUAUCUCAAGGCACUAAAAUUCGGCUCAUUUCCUAAACUGGAAUUAUCUAUUUGUUCAAUCAAAAAUACUUUCAAUGUGUUAUUAUUAAAGGCACAAAUUUGUUCCAAAGAGACUUGAUCCUCACAAGAUUUAACGAUAUUAACAAGCGGAAUGACUGAUUGUAAAUCAGACAUUUAAGUGCAGGCCCGUGUAUUUUUUAAAUUUUUUAUUCUUUUGUACAUUUUUUAUUUUAUUUUUAUUAUUACUAUAACAGGCAAGUGUAACUAGGCCAAAAAGUGAGGUUUAAGGCUAGGAAAUGUAGAUACUUGAACAGUUUUCAUAAAAUGUAACCCACUGUCUGUCUCAGCCAUUUCAACUAGCAUGAACAAGGGACCCAUUUUACAUCACAAUCAAAUAUGCUCUACACAGCCAUGGUAGACAACAUUUGACAAUACAAUAACAGACUUCAAGGUUCAGAAAAAAAAAUAAAAUAAAAGUUUGAAGAUUUCUUAUUUCAUAUCUAAAUUCUUCAGAUCCCAACUAAACAGACAGAAAAACAAACACCAGGAAACUAAAGAAAGCACCUUACGGGCCGAGUACUCUUUUAAAUUCCUGACAGCAUACAAGUAGUGCACAACAACUAAUGUUUCAAAACAGAUUUCAGAAUUUUACGAAUAAGUACUAGUAAUAUAAAAAGAAAUAAUAUAUACUUCAAAUAAGCACUAAUCCAUAUGGCCACUUAGGAAUAUUAACACAAUUAUUCAUUCAUUACUAUAACAUUCCUUCACUGUAGAUUACAGCCAAUUCAAUACUAUGUUAUCGUUUUCACUGAGAAAUUGGAGAGAAAAAAAAAACCUUUAUAUUCAGUUUAUAAAGAAUUGUGAUUCAUUAGGAUUUUUUUUUUUGAAUGCACAUUAUGUAAAUAAGGUACUAGAUUUGGUCAUAUUCCUAACUAUUUCCUCAGAAUGUUAAAAUGAAAAUGCAGUUAUAAAAUUGAAGAGAGAACAAAGAAGAGUAAAGGUCUUUGGUAGAAACUACAAAAAUGGGCAUUCAGUCCAUUAAUAUUGUCAGCAAAAGCAGUUGGCAUAGUUGUCCUGUCAAAUUAAACAUUGAAAAACUGACAUAGUAAUUGUACACCACUUCAGUUGAACCUUGAAACAAGUAUAAACUACAAUACCACUUUGGUUAAUUUGAGUAAAGUCCACAUUUGAUUUGACCGCACUCUUCGUUUGAGAAAUAAAUGUUGUGUGAGAUCUCAAACAUUUCAACCACAUUUUAUAGUUCAACAAAACCCUACGUUAUGGUCCAAUAACCAAACAAUGGAACCAAUCCCUCAACAAAGUCUUGAACACUUGAGUGCUGGAAACAUCACAAUAUCCCGAGCUGCUUUGAUCCAUUUCAACCUAUCUAUGUCGCCCAUCGUACGGAAAAGAACACGUCUUUGCUAAUCGGACUAGAAAAGAUAAGCACAAAGUCAAUGCGUUUGAAGCAUUGCGCAAAAAUAUUUUCGAAUACUCGACUGUGAUGCCUGACCAACAACUGGAUACAUCUGCUCAACACAAACACAUUUGGCAGUGUGAUUUAGAGCUUCAGCUGGUUAACAAAAGUUACACACUGACACAUGCAGUGACAAAUCAGUCAAGAACAUCAGCUACAUACAGACCUUGUGGAUUAAGAUACGAACGCAAGAAAGCAAGCAGAGAAAUCACACACAUAUACGUAUAUGUAUGUGUGUGUGUGUGUGUGUGUGUAUAUUUUAUAUAUAUAUAUAUAUAUAUAU